AUGCGCAUGAGAUCCGUUAGAGAGACGUUGCCCGGAUUUGAAGACGACAUGAUGGCGGUGAGCGGCGGGCGCGGCGACCGGGCUUAUUUCUACAAGCUUGCUGCCGAAGCGCCCGCUACCCUUAAAUGGGUGGAGCAGCAUGGCGUGAAGUUCGAAACCAUGGACUAUUUCCUGAGUGCUUGGCCGACGCGCAUCACGCCAGUUGGGCGCGGUGCCGCCAUCGUAGACGCACUAAAAGAAUCCGCGAAGGCUAAGGGCGUCGAAUUUCACUACGGGUACCACGCUACUCGGCUGCAUCUUGACGCUCGCGGGGCGGUCGAAGCUGUUGAGGCCUCCGAUGGCCGUCGGCUUUCAACCCGUGCGGUGGUUCUCGCAAGCGGCGGCUUCCAAGGAAACCCGGAAAUGCUGCGCGAGCAUUUCGGUGAGGGCGGAGAAUUCCUCCGGACGAUUUCGCCUGGAUCUGCAGCCAACGCGGGCGAGGGAAUUCGCAUGGCGCUCGAAAACGGGAUGCACAUCGAGCCCGUCGACCCAAGGAGCGAACGCGCCGCCGCACUGGUGCUUGUAUAUCCAUACGGGAUUAUCGUUGACAGUAAUGGCCAACGCUUUUUCGACGAAGGUAGAGGCCUUGUGCACGAGACCUGGGAAUACCUUUCUCGCGCUAUCCACUUCGAUGCGUCGGGCCGCACGGCGUGGACGAUCGUCGAUUCCCGCCUCUUCGACGUGGCGGGCCACGAAGGAGCGAUUCGCUCUGAGAUCGCGCCUUUGAAGUCGGAGACCGUCUCUGGCUUGGCGUCGCUCAUUGGCAUCCCGCCUAAUGCUUUGGAAGAGACUAUCGCCGAGUACAAUGCGGCUUGCACCGGCGAUUACGCGCGUUUCGAAGCGGGCCGCCUAGAUGGUCUAGCCACUGCUGCCGGCCUUGCGCCGGUGAAAUCAAACUAG